AUGAAGCCCUCGACCUACCUCCUAUUCGCUGUUAACUACCUCGGCUUGGCCUCCGCUGCCUCCAUCGCCAACCCCGACGACAGCUUACAGCCUAUAGAGAAGCGAGCUUGCUUCCAAACUGGGUCAACUUAUGGCGGCAAUAAAGACGACGCCUUGAAAGCAGCCCGAACAGCCUGCAACAGUGCCCUUAGGGGCACAUACAACAAACGCGAAACCCGCGUCAAGUGCUACAACAUUGGCAACAAUAAGCACGUGAAGCUCACCGUCGGCCUUACAGGCCCUAAUGCCGGCUCGCAACGCAACAUUGGGAGCGACGAGUGUUACAAUGGCCUUGCGGGUCGGAUCGAAAGUUGCCCUAAGGGUGAUGAUAAAACCUACGGGAAUUGGCGCUACAGGGCUGAUCCGAACAACGGUCCAUGCUAAUGUCAUGAAGUGCUAUUGUACCGGUGUGCGGGUGAACGCCC